AUGAGGAACACCGUUGCUUUCUUCAUCUCACUCCUGCUGUGCGCAUCACUCACGGCUGAUGCCUCCCAGGAGGACCAGCUUAAGAGGUUCAUCGAGUCCAAGGCCAGAAAGAGGCAAAUUGCUAGGGUUACUAGCGCAAAUCGGCCUGAGGGAACAGACUCAUGGGUCGACCCUGGCAGCUUCAGCCACCUACCAACGAAAUGCCCCAUCCCACCGGCAGGCACCAAGGCGGCCGACAAGAUCACGGCGCUGCCCGGCCAGCCGCCGCGCGUCAAUUUCGACCAGUACUCCGGUUACGUCAAGGUGAGCGAGAAGCACUUCCGAGAGCUCUUCUACUAUUUCGUCGAAGCUCCCUACGAGCCGGACUCAAAGCCACUCAUCCUCUGGCUCAAUGGCGGGCCCGGAUGCUCAUCUCUGGGUUACGGCGCCAUGACGGAGCUCGGCCCGUUCCGUGUGAACCCCGACGGCAAGACCCUGAGCAGAAAUAAGCAUGCAUGGAAUAACCUGGCUAACGUAAUCUUCCUAGAGUCGCCGGCUGGUGUCGGGUUCUCCUAUGCGAGCAACGAUAAGAACAACAACGACAACGUGGGUGACCGGAGGACGGCUGAGGACACGUUCGUCUUCCUGCUUAACUGGCUGGAGAGGUUCCCCGAGUACAAGGGGCGCGACUUCUACAUAGCCGGUGAGAGCUAUGGCGGACACUAUGUCCCUCAGCUCGCCACCGUCAUCAAAUUCAUGAACGAGCUCCACGGCACCACUUUCAUGAACCUCCGCGGUAUCUUCCGGGGACAUGGAUUCCGCAUGCUCAAUUGCUGCCACGAGGUACUCCGUCAAGGAUCUCGACCUACCUGUCACCAAACCAUGGCGCCCCUGGUACACCCCAGACAGCGAGAGAACAUCAUGUCGAACAGUCCAUUGUGUUUCUUUCUCCUCAUCUGCGUUGCCGCGUGGCAUGCAGAUGCAUCGCAUCAGGCCCAACUCAGAGAGUUCUUCCUGUCCAGAAGGAGCAGCAGCAACAGCGUAUAUGAGCCCAGGGUAGGAACUGCUGCUACCAAUAGCCUCCGAGCAGAGUCGUUCUCUGUCACUGACCAGACCAGUCUGAAGGACGCCGACAAGAUCGCAGCGCUUCCAGGGCAGCCCAACGGUGUCAGCUUCAGUCAGUACAGCGGGUACGUGACCGUCGACAAGAACAACGGCCGUGCGCUCUUCUACUACCUCGUCGAGGCAGCGACCGACCCGGGGGCGAAGCCACUAGUCCUGUGGCUUAAUGGAGGACCUGGGUGUUCAUCAUUUGGCUAUGGGGCUAUGAUAGAGCUUGGCCCGUUCCGCGUCAACAGCGACAACAAAACUCUAAGCCCAAACGAGCAUGCCUGGAACAACGUGGCUAAUGUGAUCUUCCUGGACUCGCCGGCUGGCGUCGGGUUCUCCUACUCCAAUACGACUUCCGACUAUGACAAGAGCGGAGACCAGAAGACCGCGGACGACGCGUUUCUCUUCCUCCUCAACUGGCUCGAGAGGUUCCCUGAGUAUAAAGGCCGCCCCUUCUACAUCUCCGGGGAGAGCUACGCCGGACACUAUGUGCCGCAGCUCGCAGCCACAGUGUUGAGUCACAACCUGAACAAUGCUACCAGAACUUCCUUAAACCUACAGGGUAUCCUGGUUGGCAAUCCAUAUCUUGACGAUAACAUGAACACAAAAGGAGUGAUUGAUUUCUUGUGGAGCCAUGCGGUGAUAUCAGACGAGGUGUUCGCUAACAUCACCAGGAGCUGCAAUUUUAAUCUGUCGGAUGGUAAGGCGUGCUCUGAUGCCAUGGCCGCAUAUGAUUCCGCUAAUGCUGACCCGUUCGACAUUUACGGGCCAGUUUGCAUCGACAGACCAGAUGGAACAUACUACCCCAGCCGAUAUAUACCUGGGUAUGAUCCAUGCAGCGGCUAUUAUGUAGAGGCUUACCUCAAUGAUCCUGAGGUUCAGAAGGCUUUGCAUGCUAGAACAAUAAAGUGGGCAGGCUGCACGGACUUGCACUGGAAAGAUUCAGCGGCGUCCAUGGUGCCAACUCUCAAAUUUCUUAUGGCUAAUGGGCUGCCUGUGUGGCUGUUCAGCGGCGAUUUCGACUCCGUGUGCCCGUUUCCCGCCACGAGGUACACCAUCAAUGACCUUGGCGUUACCGUCACAGAGCCAUGGCGGCCAUGGACUGCAAACAACGAGGUUGGAGGGUAUGUUCAGGCAUACACGGAAGGUUUAGUUUUUGCAUCCGUGAGGGGAGCUGGUCACCAGGUCCCGUACUUCGAGCCCGAGAAAGCACUGAUAUUGGUCAGCUCAUUCCUGAAAGGACUGCUACCACUCUAUGAAAAGGGGCAGUAA